CACAUUAAUCUUUUUACUUGAUUGAUUUUCUCAGGGAGUAAAUAAUGAUGGAGCUACUGCGAGAUUGUGCAAGAAACUUUGGAGGAGAACAUGAACUGGUGGUACCCAUAACGGUGUUUGUAGCUGUUCUUUGCCUCUGUUUGGUUGUGGGUCACUUGCUUGAGGAGAAUCGAUGGGUCAAUGAAUCUAUAACUGCCAUCAUCAUUGGAUGCAUUGCUGGAGCAAUCAUUUUGGUUCUGAGUAAGGGAAAAAAUUCUCACAUUUUAACAUUCAACGAAGAAGUCUUCUUCAUAUAUCUGCUUCCACCAAUAAUAUUCAAUGCUGGAUUUCAGGUCAAGAAGAAGCACUUCUUCCAGAACUUUCUGACCAUCAUGCUCUUUGGGGUUGUUGGUGUUUUCAUUUCAGCUUUAAUUAUAACAGCUGGCAGCUGGUGGUUAUUUCCUCGAUUAGGAUUUGUUGGUUUAAAACCACAAGAAUAUCUUGCUAUAGGAACAAUUUUUUCCUCGACCGAUACAGUGUGUACAUUGCAGGUUCUCCAUCAAGAUGAGACUCCUUUGUUGUACAGCUUAGUCUUUGGGGAAGGGGUGGUAAAUGAUGCAACAUCAGUUGUUCUAUUCAAUGCAGUUCGCAAGAUAGAUGUUUCAAGGCUUAAUGGCAGAACAGCCCUUCGUUUGAUAGGAGAUUUCUUGUACCUCUUUUCCGCAAGCACUGCGCUUGGACUUUCUGCUGGACUUUUGACAUCAUAUAUACUCAAAACCUUAUAUUUUGGAAGACAUUCGAGCAUUCGGGAGCUUUCUUUGAUGGUUUUAAUGGCGUAUCUGUCUUACAUGUUGGCUGAGCUGUUUGAACUGAGUGGGAUUCUAACUGUUUUCAUCUGUGGGAUUGUCAUGUCGCACUAUGCUUGGCAUAAUGUAACAGAAAGUUCUAGAAUCACAACCAGGCAUGUAUUUGCUAUGUUAUCGUUUAUUGCAGAAACAUUCAUCUUUCUCUAUGUGGGGAUGGAUGCUCUCGACAUUGAAAAGUGGAAGAUGACUAAGUUGAGUUUUGGGACUUUGAUGGCCAUCUACAGUACUUUGAUCUUACUAAUAUUGCUUGGACGUGCGGCUUUCGUGUUUCCUCUCUCUGCUCUUUCCAAUUACAUGAAUAGAAGAGCUGAUAGAAUAGCUUCAAUCACAGUCAAGCACCAGAUAGUUAUUUGGUGGGCUGGGCUCAUGAGAGGUGCAGUAUCUAUUGCUCUAGCUUUUAAACAGUUCACAUACUCUGGUGUUACCUGGGAUCCGAUUAAUGCUACGAUGGUCACCAACACCAUAGUUGUCGUCCUCUUCAGUACACUGGUAUUUGGCUUUCUGACGAAACCACUUAUAAUGUACCUGCUUCCCCACCAUGCAAGUAACAACAAGAAUGUGCAACCAAAGUCUCCCAAAGAUGAUGCGACUCUUCCUUUGCUUUCCUUUGAAGAAUCUGCUGCAACAAACAUUCUCCGUGCAACAGACGGUUUGUCGAUGCUAAUGGCAAGGCCUGUAUAUACCAUCCAUCACUACUGGCGGAGGUUUGAUGAUACUUACAUGCGACCCAUAUUUGGGGGACCAAACCAUGGUCGAGCAGAAUGUUAGGUUCCCUAGUGCUUGAUUUCAUGCGCAUCUCAUUUUGUAAGAUACUAUCAUCAUUGAUCUUUAGUACUUUGAUGCUGAAA